AUGACAUCCGCACUCACAGAGCUCCUAAAAAGCGCCGCGCAAGAGCUUCCACCAAUCGAAAGUGACCAAUUCGGUGCUAAAUUCGACGUCUUUGGUGACUCGCGCCUAGUUCUGAUUGGCGAUGGAAGCCAUGGCACGUCCGAGUUUUACCGAGCUCGUGCGGCCAUCACGAAACGGCUGAUAGAAAAGCACGGGUUCACUCACGUAGCCGUCGAAUGCGACUGGCCCGACGCCCAUUCCAUCGACCGCUACGUGCGCCAGAACCCGCAUCAGUCAAAAGACGUUCCCAUCCGCGUCUUCGACCACUUCCCCCGCUGGAUGUGGCGCAAUGCCGAAGUCCAAGACUUCAUAGACUGGCUGCGCGCCCACAACGCCAGCCUCCCGCCCCCCUCGCGCACCUCCUUCAACGGCCUAGACCUGUACAGCAUGAGCGCCUCCAUCCGAGCCGUAAUCGCCUACCUCGACAACGUCGACCCCACGCUCGCGCAAUCCGCACGAAAACGGUACUCCUGCCUAACAUCCUGGCUCUCCGACCCAUCUUCCUACGGACUCUCCAGCGCCCGCACCCGCACCGCCGCCUGCGAAGCCGGCGUAGUGAAAAUGCUAACCCAGCUCCUCACGCACCGGCUCCGUCUAGCCACACACCCGGAAAACGGGACCGCGUUCCUCGACGCGGAGAUGAACGCGCGCGUGGUGCGCGACGCGGAACGGUAUUAUCGCGCCAUGUACGAGGGGUCCUCCGCGUCGUGGAAUGUGCGCGACGCGCAUAUGUUCAGCGUUCUCUCGCGGAUAUUAAAGCUAUCGCCUGGCUCGAAGGCGGUGGUGUGGGCGCAUAACUCGCAUUUGGGAGAUGCGCGGGCGUCGAGUAAUGGGCGGGAUAGAGGGGAGUUGAAUCUGGGGCAGUUGUGUCGGGAGGCGUUUCCGGGGGAGGUGUCUGUGAUCGGGUGUGGGACGCACGCGGGAACUGUGGCAGCGGCGCAUGAGUGGGAUGAGCCGAUGGAGGUUAUGGAUGUGGUGCCUUCUCGGCUAGAUAGUUACGAGCGCGCGAUGCAUGAUACGGGGUUACCGUCUUUUGUUGUCGAUUUGCGUCCCCUGAAGACCCCGCCUAUGCUGCAGCGCUUCAUCGGUGUUGUAUACCGCCCUUCUACUGAACGGUCGAGCCACUAUAUCGAGACCGUUCUCUCUGAGCAGUACGAUGCCUUCGUGUGGUUUGACCGGACGAGUGCCGUACAUGCCUUCGAGACCGUGCAGCCGAAGGAGGCCCUUUCGAUGGGAGAGACGUAUCCGUUUGGUGUGUAA